AUGAACGGCCACACUGAGCAUACAUAUGCCCUCCCCCAGUCCCACAGGGAGCUGAUGGAGCGGCCUCUGGAGGAGGCUGACCCAGAAGUGUACGAGACGAUUCAAAAAGAAAUCAAGCGCCAGCGCGAGUCCAUCCUCCUCAUCGCCUCCGAAAAUGUCACCUCCAAAGCCGUGCUGCAAGCUCUCGGCACGCCCAUGUCGAACAAGUACUCCGAGGGCUACCCCGGCGCGCGCUACUACGGCGGCAACGAGCACAUCGACACCAUUGAGCUCGAGUGCCAGAAGCGGGCGCUUCAGACCUUCGGGCUGGACCCGGAGAAGUGGGGCGUCAAUGUGCAGUGCCUCAGCGGCAGCCCUGCGAAUUUGCAGGUAUACCAGGCUAUCAUGAGGCCGCAUGACAGGCUCAUGGGUUUGGAUCUGCCGCAUGGUGGGCAUUUGAGCCAUGGGUACCAGACACCACAGAAGAAAAUCUCCGCCGUAUCCACCUACUUCGAAACCUUCCCCUACCGUGUAAACCUCGAGACCGGCCUCAUCGACUACGAUCGCCUCGAAGAGAACGCCCUUAUGUACCGGCCCAAAGUAAUUGUCGCGGGCACCUCCGCCUACUGCCGCACAAUCGACUACGCGCGGAUGCGCAAGAUCGCCGACGCCGUAGGCUGCUACCUGGUGGUCGACAUGGCGCACAUCAGCGGGCUGAUCGCCGGCGGCGUGAACGAAUCACCCUUCCCACACGCCGACAUCGUGACCACAACCACCCACAAAUCCCUCCGCGGGCCCAGAGGCGCCAUGAUAUUCUUCCGCAAAGGCGUCAGGAAGACCGAUCCCAAGACCGGAAAGGAGACACUCUACGACCUCGAAGGCCCGAUCAACUUCUCCGUCUUCCCCGGCCACCAAGGCGGCCCGCACAACCACACCAUCACCGCUCUCGCCGUCGCGCUGAAGCAGGCCCAGACGGAGGACUUCAAGCUGUACCAGCAGCAAGUGAUCAAGAACGCCAAGGCGCUGGAGCACGAGUUCAAGUCGCUGGGCUACAAGCUCGUGACCGACGGCACGGACAACCACAUGGUGCUGCUGGACCUCAAGCCGAUCCAGCUGGACGGUGCGAGGGUGGAGGGUGUGCUCGAGCAGGUCAACAUCGCGUGCAACAAGAACACCACGCCGGGGGAUAAGAGCGCGUUGACGCCGAUGGGCAUCAGGAUUGGGGCGCCGGCGAUGACGAGCAGGGGCCUGGGAGAGGAGGACUUCAAGCGCGUGGCGAGGUAUAUCGAUCAGUGCAUCCGGUUGACCAAGGAGAUCCAGGCGGGGCUGCCGAAGGAGGCGAAUAAGCUUAAGGACUUCAAGGCUAAGAUUGCGAGUGGGGAGAUUGAGCAGAUCAAUGAACUCAAGAAGGAGAUCUCGGCGUGGGCGGGGACGUUCCCGCUGCCGUGCUAG